UACAUAGUAAAAACAAUGGCGAUCUUUCUCUACUUUCUCUUUACUCUUCCCGUAAUUGCCUCUACAAAUGCUUGUGAUAGAUGUCUGCAUCAAACUAAAGCACUUCUCUUCUCCAAUGCAUCUGCUCUUUCAUAUGGAGCAUGUGGGUAUGGUUCAUCUGCUCCAAGCUUCUACAAUGGCCAUCUUGCUGCUGCUGUUCCCAACAUCUACAAAUUCGGGUCGGGUUGUGGUGCUUGUUUCCAGGUCAGAUGCAUGGAUGCUAAGUUGUGCUCAAAAGUUGGAACUCAAGUGAUAGUGACUGAUCUGAAUAGCAACACACAGACAGAUUUGGUGUUGAGCAGCAGAGCUUUAAUGGCUAUGGCGAAUAAGGGUAUGGAGCAAAAGCUAUUGAAACUUGGUGCUGCCAACGUGGAAUAUAAAAGAGUACCUUGUGAUUACAAAGGCAAAAAUCUGGCAUUGAGGGUGGAAGAAUCAAGCCGGAAGCCCCAUUAUCUUGCCAUCAAGUUCUUAUUUCAAGGUGGCCAAACUGAGAUCGUAUCCGUUGAUGUUGCCCAGGUUGGAUUGUCGAAUUGGGGUUUUUUGAGCAGAAAGUCAGGGGCAAUUUGGGAAACGAGUAGAGUUCCGGCAGGGGCGUUGCAGUUCCGGUUGGCGGUGACGUCUGGAUAUGAUCGGAAGGCGAUUUGGGCCAAGAGUGUGCUCCCGGCCGACUGGAAUGUUGGAGUUGUGUAUGAUUCCGGCGUACAAAUUGACGACGUUGCUGAAGAAGGUUGUGGUCGAUGUGAUUAGAUUUUGUAUUAAGUUUCCGAUUGAUUUGUCGUUUGGACAAUAUUCAAUGGAACCCGUAGUUUCUGUUAUGUUGUAGACUGUAGUAUUUAUCUUUACAAUUAUGUAUGUAUGUAUUAUUAAAUAUUAGACCGGAAGAAAAAAAUACUGAACAAUAUCUUGACUGA